AGUCCAGGACCGAAUACACUCUACAUGCAAGGUCACCAAGAUUCACCGUUUACUGCAAUGUCACCAGCUAACACCAAUUGGCCAGGUUCACCAAGCAUGCCACGGCCUUCUCCCAGACCAGGCCAAAGUCCUGAACAUAAAUCUGGUAGUGGUACUGCGGCAGGUACAAAUACCUCAUCUGCUAUGUCACGUGUGCCAUCUAACCGUUCUUGGGCUGGUGCCACACCUACAUUGCUCACACAUGAAGCAUUAGAUACAAUUUGUCGGCCAAGUCCACAUCCUAAUAAAGAUAUAAAUGUGCCGGAUAUAAGUCCACUUGAACGCUUUCUUGGUUGUGUAUACUUGCGUCGACAACUGCAUCGCAAUAUACAGAGCGAUGAAACAUUGACGGCACUUAAUUCUACGGAACCUGGUGUAGUGCUCUUCAAAGUGGAUGGGCUACAAUGUCAAGUGGUAUUAAAUCAACUGCACAUGCAAUCUCUACACUUAAAAAUUACACAAUUACCAGCACCACUUACACCAGAUGGAAAACAUCCGUUUCAAUUGGCUCCGGAUGAUUUGCUUACGCUUGAACAAUUCUUUGAUACACGCGUUGCUGUAUCACCUUAUCGUCCCAACGCACUUAGUGGAUUCACUCGUGCACUGAAUUGUGCACCACAAGUCCUUAAGGACUUUGUGCAAAUUAUGCGUUUGGAAAUGAACCCGGAAUUAGGUGGUGAUCAACUGAAAUGGACAGUGCAGUUUUGUAUGCGGGUACCACCGACAGCUACACCAAUCGUACCAGUUGGUAAUUCAGGUGUGCUGAUAUGUAAACUGAAAAUCUUAUUCUUCCUACAAAUUACGCGUAUACCUUAUAAUAGUAAAGAUUGGAAGGAGAGCCCAUCGUUAGUACUUCCUAUGGUAUACGACUUAAACUCUAAUAUCACACAAUUGGCGGAAAGGCGUGAACAAGGACCUUCGACGGCUGCUAAUGCAGCUAGUGCUUUACUUCGCCGCUUCUCCGAAUUUAGUGCACAACAUGGACAAUGUUCGCUAUUUCCUGCAGUACGUGAUUUACUAACAAAUCUACAAUUGCCAAACGAGGGUCCUCCACAAAAUCAAGCUAUUGGACAAGGAAUGGGACCCGUUGUCGGUGCAAAUCCGAAUCCUAUGAUGCUUUCAGCAAUGGCGCCAAUAGGACAAGUUGGUCCACAACAAGUUGGACCUGGUUACCCACAAAUGGGUCAAAAUCAGGGUCAACAGUGAUGAAGGCGUAAGCGCCGCACGUCAAAUGGUAAUAUGACACACAGUACGCGGCAAGUUUAAUUAUAAUUAUAAUUUUUCUUUAUUAUUUUACUAAUUAAUUUUUUUUUCGAAUUUUAAACUAUGAUUUGGUGUAUUUUAUGUCCUGUCUAUAUUAUAAUGUAUCAACUAAUCACAAUGCUAUAAUUAGAUAUAUAUACUAAUCAACUAGAUUAUUUUAGACCACAUCUAUAUAUGAAUAUAUGAAGUAUAAUAGGAUAUAUAUACGAGUAGUGAGUAAAAUAAACAUGAUAUCAUUUAAUGUAAAUCACGUAAAGAAUCAAAAUAGUUGUACUUAUUUGUGUAAUUUUAAAUUAAUUUGUGGAGUAAACGUUUGGUGUGUUGUUUGACUUGACUAUGUGUUGAUUAACAUACUUAAAAAUUUGAGAAUAAGCUUAGUUAUAAAGUAAAAACCUAAAUUGAUUUUUUGUGGAAAAAUUAUGCAGAAUAACUUUAUCUAUAUAAAUAUAUAAAAUCGAUAUUCAGUAAAUGUGGUAUAAGUGAAAUUAUUAUUUCAUAAC